AUGUGCUCCUCUGAAAGCAAUGAGUAUUCCUCGUCUCGAACUUCAGGCUGCUGUAUGGGUACAAUUUUGAUGGGUACAAUUUUGAAGGAACAUUCCAUUAAGGUAUCAAGAAUCGUUUGCUGGAGUGAUUCAAGCUCCGUUAUUAGUUGGAUUGGAUCUGAAAGUCGAAGAUACAAACCUUUUGUUGCCCAUAGAAUUACUGAGAUACUUGAUUCUACUAGCCCAGCAGAUUGUAGAUGGCUGCCAACAAAUCUUAAUGUUGCCGACGAAACUACCAGAAUGAAGAGCCUGGUUGAUUUUUCUGAUGAUUGCCGCUGGUUUAAGGGACCUAAAUUUCUAUACGAUUGUGAAGAUGAAUGGCCAAAAACACGAGAAAUACCUACUUGUAGCCUAGAGACAAAAGAACUUCGCCCGAAAUUUGCAUUGCUGGUAAAUACCCCUGUUGUUUUUGAAUUCAAUAGAUUUUCAUCAUAUUUGAAAUUAAAACGUACGAUUGCCUGGGUGUUUCGUUUUAUUAAUCGUUGCCAAAAGAAGAUUGGUCCUGAAGAAGAAAAUGGUUUAACUACUGCAGAGUUAAAAAGUGCUGACAUUUGUCUUUGCCGUCAGGCCCAACGAGAACAAUUUAGCGCUGAAAUUGAAAUUAUUAAAAAUGAAGGUACUUUGCCCAAAAGUAGUGAAUUGUAUGCCCUCACUCCAUAUAAGGAUGAAAACACAUUACUUCGAGUUUAUGGUCGUGUGGAUGCAGCUAGUUGGUUACCAUUGGAUAUAAGGCGUCCGAUUAUAUUGCCGUCGUUUCAUCCUGUCACCGAAUUUCGUCGUACAUUGCCGGUGCCACCACUUAUGGGUUCUUUGCCAAAAGACAGAUUGACGCCAUAUAUUCGUCCAUUUUCCUACACUGGAUUGGGCUAUUUUGGCCCACUUAUUGUAACCGAUGGUCGUUGCCAUGAAAAACGCUGGGUGGCCUUAUUUACUUGCCUGACCAUAAGGGCCAUUCAUUUGGAAAUCGCUUUCGAUUUGUGUAUUCUUGCCAUACGCAAUUUUAUAAAUCGACGUGGGCUGCCUACAAGACUGAGGAGCGAUAAUGGUACAAAUUUUGUUGGUGCUGAUAAAAUUGCCAAGAGGUUCAGUGAAGUAUUUGAUGUGGCUCAAAUUCAAGAUGAACUUACAUCUAAAGGUAUACACUGGCAGUUUAAUUGUUCACGUGGCACACUUGCCGUUGAGCCACGAAGAUGA